AUGACAGAACUGGGCCCUUUUAUAUAUCUUAAAUCUUAUCGAGUGCUAGUAUGCCAGAUAUGUCACUAUGGUUGUAUAUCAGAUGAGGUUUCUACUCAUUUGCGCAAUAGGCACAAAUAUAUGACACCAGCUGCGCGACAUCAGGUGGUGGAGGCUGUCGAUAGGCUCCCUGGAAUUAUCAAAAACCAAUCACAAUUAGCCGCUGAAUUCCAGUUUCCGCCCCCUACAAUCCCCCCGAUUCUAGAGCUUGACCCCCCGCAAACUGAUGGGCGAGGAUGUUCAAUAUGCCAGCGUGUUUUCCGGGACGACCAAAAGAUUCAACAACACUAUGCCAAUGAUCACUCCUGGACCAAUCCUCAAGGUCGCGGAAGGCCCAGGGUACAUGAUGCUCAUGCACGGUCCCAAAAACCAUGGAGAGAGGGUGUUAUGUGUCAGCGGUUCUUUCGAUCCAGAGCGGCCAGUGGCUGGUUCGAGGUUGGGCGCAAGCUGGCAGGCCGUGGGUACACCUUGGAAUUCAAUGGAACAAUCAUCACAAAGCAGCCAAUUCGCAGCAGCAAAGUAUCGCCAGAAACGCGUGCACAUAUUGGCGAGGUGUUAAAACGCGAGAAGAUGUAUCGGAAUUCUGAAACUCAACCACGCUUCUACAGCAAGGCUCUCGGCGAUGACUCCUUCGCGGCGACAAGCUUGUGGCUAGAGCGUACAAGAUGGCAAAUCACAUAUAAAAAUGUCCGGCGAGACAUCCUACAGGCAAUGACACGCCUUCCUAAAGUCAGUCCAUUGGGGACAGGCUAUAUCCUUGGACAAGGUCCAUCCGAGGGCGAUCCGGAUAUUAUAAUCCCCGGAAAGGAUGAAGAAAAGAUAAUGUGUUUCUUGAGUGCUGUUGAUGCCAUGCUCGAUCGAUGUGAGCUUACAGCGCAAAACACGAGUCGGGUGCUUCUAUGUUGGCUGGCUAGUUCCAGACUCGAUAUCUGCCAAGCAAAGCCAUUUGCUCUCAAAGUCGAGCCAAAUACACGGAAGAGGUAUCGACUUUUGUGGAAGCGGUUCAUCGCGUUCACAUUACGAGCAUACCUCCUGCCGGAUGUAUUCAGAGAGCAGGAAGUCAACAUUCGCCUAGAUGCACGAACAGCGAGUCAAGUAAAGCACCUAUGGGAACACUAUGCGUGGCAACAUAUCGACAUGACGAGGCCAAGCUGGCCCAGAGCGCAUAUGCUAGAUCACGAUCCAGACAUAUCCCAGCAAUACAACUACAAAAACAUCGAUAUUAAUCCUUUUAACCGCUAUGAAAGCCCAUAUAGCAAUGACACAGGCAGCAUAUCUGGUGAAGGAUCCAGUGAUGACUCUGAGAAUAGUGAAGAAGGUGACGGGUAUUUUGAAGGGAGUGAAAGAGAGGACAGUCUCGAUGACUGGAUGUCAGAUACGGACAGUCGGGAUGCGCCUGACUUGUCGCCAUUCCAUCGAGAUUCCGGCCACGAAUCCAUUAACCGAAUGGCAGUCGAGAGCGCUGAGGAACUUCUUGAGCUUCUCUUUGAACUCAGCUUAUCGCUAAUCAUGGAAAACUUUGUAGAUGGACAACCCGGUUCUGCAUUGCUUGUUUACUUUAGUGGCAUCUUAGGUUUCUCCUCUGAUUGUCGGCGAUUUCAACUAGCCAGAGAGUAUUGUCCAAACUUGUCGGGACUUAUCUGGGUGCAGCGCUUAUUAUUUCUCGAGUACGCGCUACCUCUUCAUUCAUAUCCUACCAUUGGAAUCCAACAACGACCGCAGUUUCCAAUGCAACGGCUGAACAAGGUACGAAAAAAGUAUAUGGUACAGGGUUCGCUCUCGCCAUUGGCAGAGCUGCAUAAUCUUCGUAACUUUGGUCAGAAAGUGGCCUAG